AUGCUGCGCUCCGUUCUUCGCUUGGCGUCUGCCAGGCGACGGAUCGCUAUACCCGGCGCGGCGCAAGCAUCGUCUCACAUUCACCUGCGCGCUCAUCAUUGUGCUGCAGCACUGCCCGUCAACCGCAGCUCCGUACAAUGGGCCCCCAUCGAAACCAAGGUCGACACUGCUUCUGAGGGCUUUGCGAAGAACACACAACAGAUGAAUGAAAUCGUUGAUGAUUUGCGCAGCAAAAUCGCAAAGAUCUCGCUUGGUGGUGAUGAGCGGGCUCGGGCUCUACACAAGAAGCGGAACAAGCUGAUGGCCCGUGAGAGAGUGGAAAAACUGAUUGACCCUGGCACUGCCUUCCUCGAGCUGAGUCAGUUUGCGGGUUAUGAACAGUAUGGCAAUGAUGACGUCCCGGCGGCAGGAAUUAUCACCGGAAUCGGAACCGUUGCCGGGAGAUCUUGCGUUAUUGUGGCCAAUGACGCGACGGUGAAGGGCGGCACCUACUACCCAAUGACCGUCAAGAAGCAUUUGAGAGCCCAGGAGAUCGCUCGCGAGAACAAGUUGCCAUGCAUCUACUUGGUGGACUCUGGUGGUGCCAACCUUCCACGACAAGCCGACAUUUUUGCCGAUUCUCAACAUUUCGGCCGGAUUUUUUACAAUCAGGCAACGAUGUCUUCUGAGGGCAUUCCACAACUGGCUGUUGUUAUGGGCUCGUGCACGGCUGGUGGGGCUUACGUUCCGGCAAUGAGCGAUCAGGCUAUCAUUGUCCGCAAAACUGGCACUGUCUUCCUCGGUGGGCCUCCAUUGGUCAAAGCAGCUACUGGCGAAGAGAUUUCUGCGGAGGCUCUUGGAGGCGCAGAUCUGCAUUGUAGUGAAUCGGGAGUUACCGACUAUUAUGCGAACGAUGAUGAGCACGCGCUGGCACUGGCCCGAUCCGCUGUCGCUGGUUUCCCGACACAGCAUAACGAAAUGUCAAUUCACGAACUCGAAGAGCCCAAAUACCCUGCUGAAGAAUUGUACGGCGUCGUAGGAACCGAUUUGAAGAAGACGUUUGACGUUCGCGAAGUGAUAGCGCGUAUUGUGGAUGGGUCUCGUUUCGAUGAGUUCAAGCCGAGAUAUGGUGAGACUCUGGUAACGGGCUUUGCGAGGAUGUACGGGCAAAAGGUCGGAAUCCUGGCGAAUAAUGGGGUCCUCUUCUCCGAGUCGGCGGUGAAAGGAGCACACUUCAUUGAGCUAUGCGCUCAGCGUGGAAUCCCGUUGCUCUUCUUGCAAAAUAUUACGGGGUUCAUGGUUGGCCGCGAUGCCGAAGCCGGCGGAAUCGCUAAACAUGGAGCCAAGCUUGUGACGGCCGUUGCCUGCGCCAAAGUCCCCAAGAUUACCGUGUUGAUUGGAGGCAGCUACGGCGCCGGAAACUAUGGAAUGUGUGGUCGUGGAUACUCGCCAAGAUUCUUGUUCAUGUGGCCAAACGCUCGCGUGUCGGUUAUGGGUGGAGAACAAGCCGCAAAUGUUUUGGCCACCGUGCAAAAAGAUAAACGUGCGAAAGAGGGGAAAACCUGGACCGAGGAAGAGGACACGAAUUUGAGGCGUCCUGUCGAGGCCAAGUAUGACAAGGAGGGCCACCCAUACUUUGCCUCUUCUCGACUUUGGGAUGAUGGCGUAAUCGAUCCAAAGGACACAAGGCGUGUCGUAGGGAUGGCGCUUCAGGCUACCCUCCACUCCGAGCAGCAGAAGACCAAGUUCGGCGUCUUCCGCAUG